UAUGGGCGCGCGAGGACGAGGCGUGCCUUGCCCGGCUCUGCUGCUGCUGCUGCUGCUCCUCAGCCAAGGCAUCCUUCAAAACUGCUGCGAAGCAUACAAUGUUGGGCUCCAAGGAGCAAAAGUAUUUUCUGGCCCCUCGAAUGAGCAAUUUGGAUAUACAGUUCAGCAGCUUUUAAAUCCAGAAGGCAAAUGGUUGCUGGUUGCUUCACCCUGGAGUGGAUAUCCUAAAAAUAGAAUGGGGGACAUCUAUAAGUGUCCAGUUAAUCAACAGAAAACCACAUGUUCAAAAAUGAAUUUGCAAACUUUUGCAAGCAUCCCAAAUGUUACUGAGAUAAAGGAGGAUAUGAAUCUAGGAUUAACUCUAGUAAGAAACUCAAUAACUGGAGGGUUUUUGACAUGUGGUCCAUUAUGGGCACAACAGUGCGGAAGCCAGUACUACGCAACAGGAAUCUGUUCUGAGUUCAGUCAAAGUUUUCAGUUCGUGAGAAGUUUUUCACCUGCUGUGCAAAAAUGUUCUCCAGCCGUUGAUGUUGUGAUAGUAUGUGAUGAGUCAAAUAGUAUUUAUCCUUGGGAAGCUGUAAGGGCAUUUCUUGAAAAAUUUGUCCAAGGUUUAGAUAUAGGCCCCACAAAAACUCAGGUAGGCUUAAUUGAGUAUGGUAAUAACCCAAGAGUAGUGUUCAACCUGAAUACAUACCGAGAUAAAGAAGAUGUUGAAAGAGCAAUGUCACAAACUGAACAGAGGGGAGGAAAAUAUACCAAUACGUUUGAAGCAAUUGAGUAUGCCAGACGUAACGCUUUCUCAAAAGAAGCUGGUGGGCGGCCAACAGCCUCUAAAGUCAUGGUUGUUGUGACAGAUGGUGAAUCGCAUGAUGGAUCAAGAUUGCAAGAAGUCAUAACUAAAUGCAAUGAGGACAAUAUCACUAGAUUUGGCAUCGCAGUAUUAGGAUAUUUAAUUAGAAAUGAACAAGAUACUAAAAAUUUAAUCACAGAAAUCAAAGGAAUUGCUAGCAUUCCCAUAGAAAAAUAUUUCUUUAACGUGUCCUCUGAGGCUGCACUUUUAGAAGAAGCAGGAACACUGGGAGAACGGAUUUUCAGCAUAGAAGGCACUGCUCAAGGCGAUUUAUUUGAGAUGGAAAUGUCACAAGUGGGUUUCAGUGCUUCUUACUCACAGAAAAAGAAAGUUCUGAUGUUGGGUGCAGUUGGAGCCUAUGAAUGGACUGGGACCGUGGUCCGGGAGACAGAAAAACAAGACACCAUAUUUCCGUAUGAAGCAUUUGAAAAGGUUCUGCAAGACAGAAAUCAGAGCUCUUAUUUAGGUUAUUCUAUGGCUGUUCUCUCAACGGAAAACUCCAUCUAUUUUGUUGCUGGUGCUCCGCGAUCCAACUACACCGGCAGAGUAGUGGUUUAUGAGGUUGAUGACCAUGGCAACGUAACGAUUGUUCAUUCUCAAAGAGGAGAGCAGAUUGGCUCCUACUUUGGCAGUGUAGUAUGUUCAGUGGAUAUUAAUGGAGACUCAGUAACAGAUGUCCUAUUGGUUGGUGCACCAAUGUUCAUGAAUGGCUUAAAAAAAGAAGAAGGAAGAGUCUACAUGUUUUCUGUCAGAAAGGGCAUUUUGGGUAAACAAGAACUUCUGGAGGGUUCUGAAGGAUCAGAAAAUGCCCGGUAUGGGUCUGCUAUUACUGCUGUCUCUGAUCUUGAUUUGGAUGGUUUUAAUGAUGUAAUAGUCGGAGCGCCACUAGAAAACCAGAAUGCUGGUGCUAUCUACAUUUACAAUGGUAAUCAAAGGACGAUACUCACAAAGUAUUCCCAGAAAAUUUCAGGAUCAGACCCUGCAUUUGGCCAGCAACUCCAGUAUUUUGGAAGAUCAAUAGAUGGACGUACUGAUUUAAAUGGUGAUGGAAUAACUGAUGUAUCUGUGGGCUCUAAUGGGAAAGUCAUUCAGCUCUGGUCUCAGAGUAUAGCAAUUGUAUCUAUACAUGUCUCAUCUACACCCAGUAAGAUCAGCCUGCUAAACAAGAAUACAAAGGUAGACCUCCGUGUAUGUUUCAGCGCAACCUUUAGACCUACCCAUGGGAGUAAUCAAGUAGAUAUAAGAUACAACCUUACAUUGGAUGCUGAUCUCUUGUCCUCUCGAGUGACCUCUAGAGGGUUAUUUAAAGAAAACAAUGAGAGGUAUCUACAGAAUAAUAUCAGAGUGUACUCCAUGGAGAACUGUACGGAGCAUGCUUUUAACGUCCAGGAGCCCUCUGAUGCUGUUGACUCGCUUAGCGUCCGCGUUGAUAUUAGGCUCAAGAAUCCUAAUUCAAGUCCUGUUCUUGAUAAAACUUCUCCUGCAUCUGUUACUUACAGUAUACCAUUUGUUAAAGAUUGUGGUGAAGAUGAAGUUUGCAUUGCUGAUCUUGUUCUUGAGGUUAAACAGAAAAAUUAUGGCAAACCGCACUUUAUUGUCAGCAGUAAGAACAAAAGAUUGAUAUUCAGUGUGAAACUGAGCAACAAGAAUGAAAAUGCGUACAACACCAGAAUUCAGAUUGCUUUUUCUGAAAACUUGUUUUUUGCAUCAUCUUCACCUGUACAUGUUGAUGGAACUGAAGUUUCAUGUCAAAUGACUGCUAUCCAGCAUUUCGUUGUCUGCCAAAUCAGCUAUCCUGUUUUUAAAAGAAAACAACAGGUAUCUUUUGAUGUUAAUUUUGACUUUAAUUUGAAAAGUCUUCAGAAUCUGGCAGUUUUAAGUUUUCAAGCUUUGAGUGCAAGUAAUGAAGAGGAUGAUACAAACAAUCAAGUCAAUCUAACUAUUCCACUUCGUUAUGAUCCAGAACUUUACUUAAAAAGUAUUACCUGGAUGAACUCAUAUGAAGUGUAUUCUGAUCGUAAUGUUCCUUCCAUGGUGAACAAUUUUGAUGAAAUUGGACCUGCAUUCAAUUUUUCUGUUACGGUCACAGGAGGAAGUAUGCCAGUAAAGAUGGCAUCUUUAAAAAUCCAUAUUCCAAAGCACACUGCAGGAAACAAUCCAUUGAUGUAUGUGACUGCAGUGCACGCCAGUCAGGGCGGUGAUAUCAGCUGUGAUGCAAUGAUCAACCCCUAUAAAAUAGGACAACAAAGCUAUGCGGUGUCAUUUAGGAAGGAAAACUUCAAAACGGUGAAAGAACUGAACUGCAAGAAUGCCAAAUGUGAUACAAUUACGUGCAAGUUAAAGGAUAUUGCAUUGAAAGCCGAGUAUUAUGUUAAUGUUUCUACCAGAAUCUGGAAUGGGACAUUUGCAGCUUCAGCCUUCCAGAUGGUACAGUUAUCUGUAACUGCUGAGGUUGAUGCACAUGACUCAGAUCUAUUUGUGACUGGAGAGAAUACUUUAUCAAUUCCAGCCACAAUAACAAAUGGCAAUGAGAAAUCAGAAGUGCCUGUUGGAGUUGUGAUAGGAAGCGUUCUAUUGGGUCUCCUUUUACUGGUAGCCCUAGUUGCUGCUUUAUGGAAACUUGGUUUCUUCAAGCGGAAAUAUGAGAAAAUGGCAAAGGAUGUGGAAGAUAUGGAUGAAAUUACAGAACUCACUAAGGACAGAGAAUGAAUAUUGCAGUAAUAAUACUUUGUGCACCAACCCUCUGAGCCACAAGCAAUGCUUGCAAUCACACUGGUUCAACUUUUCCGAGUGCCUUACAAAUUUUUGUGAUUUUUCACUCUCUCUUUUUCCCAGUGAAAAUGUCUCAUUGUAUUUUUUUUUAUAGAUGUAAACAUUUUAUAUGUACUUUUUAUUUUAGUCAUGACUGCUGGUCGGUUUGGGGUUUUGUUUACAGGGUUUUUUUUAAAAAAAGUAUGUUUUUAUAUUUUAUUAAUACACUCUGAAAUGGCAGGACCAGAGGCGAUAAUACUGAACUGUGCCAGAAAUACUCUGUUGAUGUAUUUGACUUACGUUUUAAAUUUUAUUCUGUGGUCCAGAAAUUUAUUUGAGGUAUACAAAAGACAUACGUGUAGCCAGCUAAACCAACAACAGCACACACUCAUUGACUUCACCUCCCUGAAUUAAAUUCUGCUUUUGAAGUUCUUGGUUUACACCAUAGCCUGUGAUUUAUAUACUAUACAGGGUGCUUCCAGACAAGGACUCCCAGCAGCAACACUCAAAACGUAUUGUGCAGCUAUUUUUCCUUAACAGAUCUUUUUCCUGGUAAGAAAUAAAGAUGGAAGUGGUGGGAAAACAUGGGAAGAUGCUGUCAACCGGAUCUCCCAUAAAAUUCUGUGAAUGAGAAAUUGAGGUUGCACAGUUGAAGCUUUGUCUGGUAACAUUCAAGAGAAGGGGGAGUGAAUAAGAGAAUACAAGUCCUGCUGGUGCUUUUGCUAGCCAUGCCAUUGUUUAUAUCGUGGCCAUAGCUGUGAGACUAUACAUAUAAUUUACCAAGCUAGGACCUAGGGGAGCCUCAGUUGUCUCUUAAUUUGAUGGUGGAGGAUGAAGCUCUGACAUUACCUAAAGGCCCUUGUGGAACUGGAGGAGGAGAGAACCAGCUUCAGUUAUAGAAGGGGUCAGCAGAACGUGAUCUGGUGAAGCUACUCUCUCUCUCUGGAUGUGCCUUUAGGUUUGACCAGCCAAACAAAGUUUAGAAGCUUGUUGUGGGUCUCUGUGCCUGCAAAGAAAUCAGGAUGGUACCUGCUGACCAACACUAUGGCCCUUUCUACACCUAAGGGUUAUCCCAGGAAAAUGGAGGGAUUGACCCUGCCUGCUCUUGGGAUCCCCUGUGUGGCAUUUGGAUGCACAGGAACGAUCCCAGGAUGUUCCCAGGAUAUAGGGCUGGUGUAGACAUGCCCAAUGUAUCAUAAUGUUCUGGCUGGAGGUGUGACUAUAUACAGCACUAAGGGUAACAUAGGUUUAUAUAAAAGCAAUUAUGGAAUUCACAGGAGCAAAUCCACCUACAACUUGACCCAAUGAUGGCCACACACAUGCUGAGCAUAUACCUAGCUAUUGCAGUGCACUCCAUGUGGGGCUCCUUCUGAAGAGUGGCUGGGUGAUUCCUUUGGUGCAAAAUGUGGCUGCUAGCCUGCACGGUAUCAGGGCCAUAUUAUACCAGUCUUAAAAGACCUGUGCUAGUUGCCAAUUGCUUUUGGGGUUCAGUUCCAGGUGUUGGUUUUAACCUUUAAAUCCUGUCCGAUUAUUAGGAUUUGCAGGAGAGGCCCAUUUGCGCACUGGGUCCCAUUGACUUCCUCCUGUGUCACUCCUAAAUCUGGCAUGCUCCCCCUCAAGAACUGAUUCACUUCCUCCCUUGGCUUUUAGAAAAGGUGUGAAGAUACAUCUUUCAAAUUCAGCCUUUAAUGUUUUCUUGUUUAAAAUGCUCUUUUUUAUUGUUUAAAGGUUUUAUUUUUUUCCUCCCUGCCUACUUUGGAAGCAAGCAAUUUGGAAUGAGCAAGGGUGGGGGAGAAAUAGAAAAACUUUUUAUCUUUCUUUAGGAUCAAGCUACCAUCAUUUAAAGAUUGUCUUCCAGUGCUUGAUUUAUUAUAUAGGCAAUGAUGGUUGGUCAUUAGACCCUUAGAAAGAUGUGGUUUUCAUAUAUUUCCAUGAAGCCACGCUGUUCCCUUUUCAAGACUAAAUGGGUUGGAUCCAGGUCUAACCUGGUUCAACUACGAUGUUAGAAGUGGGUUUUCCUCUGCCCUCCAGUCCCCUGAAAAUGCUGCACAGCCAGGGGACCCUGUUGAAUGGCGUACCUUGAGUGCCAUUUUGUGGUAUAAAUCAAAUAAAUGGGGUGAAGGGGGAUCCCUACAAAUUGGGCAGAGGAACCUUCUGUGCAUGGAGUCCUUCCUCUUGCAAAAGGGAGAUCCAUGAUCUAACCCAAUAAGUGGCAAAUUUCCUGUCAUUGAUGACACUGUUAUUGCACUUUUCAACUGGCACACACCUGCCAUCCUGCUGCAAAUUUGAUGUAAUUAUGUAGCGUUAUAAUAUGCAAACUUUUUAAAAGGUAUUUAAAAUGUGUUAAUACUACAGGAUUCCAUAUUACAGGAUCCCAUAAUGCACUAUUUUUACUGGACAUGAAGCAAUGUGAAGUUUCACAACAGAAUUGGUACUAAUUUCCAAUGGAUGUUGCAGAGGCAUCCCUACUUGAUUGUUAACUAGGCUAAGGCUACUAUUUUGUAUCUGCUUAUGUGGUAGUAAGACCAGCUGAACUGAAUGGAACUUACUUCUGAAUAGUCAUAUAUGGGAUUACGGUAUUAAGGCGGUAGGGGGUAGGGUUUUUAUGAUUGACUUCCUCCCACGUUAUGUUCUUACCCAUUAGUUAAGGCUAACACAAACUUGGGCUUGCUUCAAAUUCAGCUUUGGGAACCCAAAUUCUUUAAUCCUAGUUAAUAAAAGAGCUACGUAAAAUUGCAUCAGCCCUAGAGGCAAAACAUUUCAAACUUGGGAACUGAAUAACCAUAAUACAGAAUAAUUAUUAAAAACUACAAGGCUGAGAAUUUAACUUCAGGCACACUGUGUGUGUCCACCCACCUCAAUUCGAGUGUACAUUUUCACUGCCUUUAAAUUCAAUGUAUAGGGCCUUCCCUUUCUAUAGGAUAUGUUCAGGUGUAAUAUAUUUUGCCUCCAUGUAUGUAUAUUUGCACUUUGUUCUAUAGAAUGUCAGAACAACCAAUGUGCUGAAGUGGGUGUGUUUAAAUAAAGACUGAUCUUGAGUAAAUUUGAAACAA